AUGUCGAGCAGCUUACCUCGUCCGCGUCGGUUCGUCACCGGUAACGACUCGACUGGGCUGUCACGGUUCACGAUGACGACACCCGAGACGCCACCGCAGACGGACCUCCGUGGCAUGCAGGUGUCGUUUUGCUUUGCCACGACCCAAUUCCCCGUCUCGUUCGACCGAGACUGGGACCUCCGAGAGUAUCAGCGCCUCGUCGACGACCCGCCGGGGAUCGUCGUCCCCAACGGGACGGUCUUUCGCAUGGUGGAUUUCCCGCCCGGGUACACGUCGCCGAUGCACCAGACGAUCAGCAUCAAUUACAACGUGGUCGUCGAGGGCCAGCUGGAGGUGGUGCUGGACAGCGGCGAGUCACGCAUCUUGAAUAGGGGAGACUCGAUCGUCCAGCGCGCCAUUAACCACGCGUGGCGAAACACGAGCGACACGGCAUGGGCGAGGUUGGCGGCAUUUGCGGCCCCGGCAGCGGACGACUCGGGCCGGGAUAGGGAUGCGAAGCCUCGCGAGGCUGGACUAUAG